AUGGAAAACGCAAACCUGUGGACUAGGCGCUCGAAUGCUGGCAAGCUUUCUUUGUCUAUGAGAGAUCAAGAAGGCAAAGACGGUGCCAAAUUAGAUUCCCCACGCGCAUUCAAUUCGAGACGGUUUGGCGACUCGUCCUCGCACGGAAAGACGAACCCUUUCAACGCCCUAUCUCCAUCUGCAACCAAAUCACCUUCAGCUAGCGCGUCCUCUGCCUUUGGGCUCGGUAGUGGCGCAUUUGCCUCCUUCGGAUCGGCAAAGACCCCCAAGACUCCUGGCAGCGGGUCUGGUUUUGAUUUUUCGUCGCGCGAGAAGAAGGAGAAGGAUACAGAGACGAGAACCGACGCAUCUGGACAGGAGCAACAAACCGAGGCGCCUUCACCAUCGCCGGUCCCGACACAUCAACUUCGAAAUACUUGGAAUCUCUUUUACCGACCCCCGGCGAACAAAUUUUCCGACUACGAAAAGUCCAUUCUCAAGGUUGCCUCAAUCAGCUCGGUAGAGAGUUUCUGGACGAUCUAUUCACAUCUCAAGCGGCCAUCCCUGUUGCCGACAGUAUCAGAUUACCACAUUUUCAAAGACGGCAUCCGCCCAGUGUGGGAGGACGAAGCCAAUAAGAAGGGCGGGAAGUGGGUUGUCAGGCUGAAGAAGGGGGUUGCUGAUCGAUAUUGGGAGGAUUUAUUGCUCGCCAUUAUCGGCGAUCAAUUUUUGGAAGCUGGGGACGAAGUCUGUGGUGCUGUCCUUAGCGUGAGAAGUGGUGAAGAUGUCCUGAGUGUCUGGACAAAGAUCGACGGAGGUCGGAAUAUCAAAAUAAGGGAAACUAUCAAAAGAACUCUGGCUUUCCCGCCCGAUACCAACAUCGUGUGGAAGAGCCACGAUGACAGCAUCGCCCAGCGGUCCGCCCUGGACGAAGCACGACAACAAAAGGCAAAUGCCACUCCGGGACAUCCUGGGGCGGAGAGGCGCCGCCAGACUCUGCAUGACGACCCGGAAAAGAACAAGGCAAGGGUAGCAUCAUGA